GAUGACAGUUAAUUUGAAAGGGUGGGCAGGGGUGAAGAAAGGUUGCAAAAGAUUAUGCAUUUGAUAGGUUAGGCAAUGCCUAAUGUAAAGAUGCAAAGAAUGUCAGCAGUCAGAAUGUUAUAUGGAUUUAGACAUUUGCCUGUCAUGUGUUGGUUCAGAUGAGUGCUCUGAGGGGCCCACUGCAGAAUAUAAAUUAUGCUGGGACUGGCACUAUAAUUUUUGUGUGCUCAGAUGUGGAAAAUAAUUUUAAGCCAGUUUUCACCAUUGUAUUUUAAACCCCAGGUGAAUCAUAUAAACAAAUUAUCUAAAUCCCUUGAAUUAUUGCAGUAUUCUGAACUUAUAAUUUGCUAAAUGGAUCUUGUUUUAUUUCAAAAGUCACAUAAUUAGUUCUGGUUCUAAUUUUCAUUAAUAGUUACUGGUGAAAAUAAACCCCUUCUUUCUUUAGCUGGUAUGGGAUUGGGACACAAUUCUCUUCUGAUGACAUAAGGAAAGGUAGGCAACAACUAUUGAUAAUACCCUUAUCUUCUCAAAAUUAAUGUUCAUUUGGGUGCAACAUUAAAGUUUCUGGAAGGCAAAAGCUGUUUAUAUAAUCUAGAAAAACAGAAAAGUGACAGAACAUUACAGGAAGUUUGCCUCAUGACUUCCAGACAAGCAAGUCAUCUAGAGUGACUAAGGGAAAAUCAUGGUUUAGGCCUGCUUUAUGUGUUACAUCUUCCUCUGUCUCACGUAGACAGUAUAAUGCUGUUUAAUUGAUGGAUACAUUUUUUAAUAAUUAAGUACCUUGGUAGUAGUAUGUAUUUAUCUGUGCUUUUUAAAGUUUUUUUCAUGUGAUGCAGUGGGAGUUCAGAGAGGAUGGGAAGCUUGUCCUAACAGCUGUACUUGAAAGGAGCCAAAAGUCUCCUUGAUCUCCACAAAGGAGAAAUUGUUUAAUACUUAUCAGCUGGAUAAACAAAAUGUAUAGGAAAGCAAGUGAACCGGAGAGUGAGAGCUGAGCGUAUGGGACAAGUACUAGCUGUGUUUUGGGAGAAGAGGGUGUUACUAAACGGGACCGGGGCUACAAAAGAGCAUGCCCGUGCACACACGAUGCAGAGAAAGGACUGCUGUGAGAGAGUAGUGAGGGUGGAACGGGGAGAAUGCGAGGAGGCGAGAAUACGCUGCCGUGUGCAAGUGAAUGCAAUGCGAGCAACAGAGAAGCACCGGCUGGUUGAGCAGGAGAGCGAAGAGACCACGCUUGGCGCUGCCUCCCUGAGCAAAAGGCGGAGCGGAGGCCGAGGCCCCGUGGCGGCUCCGCGGCAGCUCCAUGGAGACGGGCCCGCCUCCGGCACCGCCCUGCCCGCCGCGGCUCUCGGGACACGCGCGGCCUACAGCCGCCAGCGGAGAAAGCGCAGGUACAAACAACAACUGUCUCUGGCGGCUGAGCAAGAAUGGAUUCUGAAACAAAGUAAAAUGCAAACAGAACUGAACUGGCUGCAGUUCAAUGAGAAUGCUGAAUGUAACUGGUAUCAGAAAUCAGAGCAUCUAACACACAGUCCUUCAUCAAAAAAGGGAGGCUGAUGAUCUACAGGAAACAGACUAUAGCUUGCAUGAAGUGAAGGCUGUUCUUUCUGCUUUCACUGUUGAGAGAGAACAGAUGAUACGAACAUCGCUGGAUCACAGUAUUUCACCUGAAGGGAAGAAACAGAUACUUCGGUAUGAUGAUAGAAGCUGUCCGUGCAAAGAUAUUCCUGCCUUGGAAAUAAAAAAGCUGCAGGAACAGAAUGCCAGCCUUCGGGCUGCUAUUGCACAAAUGAGGAAGGAAAUGGAGAAUCUUGAUGAGCAGAUGUUGUCCUCUCUUCCUCUAACAGAAAACAGACAGGUUGCAGAGCAAGGUCCAUCGAACACAAACAAUGUUUUAACUGGAACUACUUUGAGCAACAUCAAAGUCAGCUCAACUAAGUUGGAUUGUGUAGUAAACCCAGACACAGAAAAGGGGCCAGAACCCAAAGUUCUUGAAGAAAACAUGGCAGAUUUUGGACAACAGUUACCUGAUGUAGAUACUAGUGACAGUCAUCGGUAUAGCGUCAAAUGCACUCUACGAGGAAUGCAAAAGAAACUCAAGGAAGCAACAAGAAAAAUCUCAAUUCUGAGCCAGGAAAAGCAGCAGCUGAUUGAAAUGGGAAACAGACUCAGGGCAGAACUUGGAAUGGUGUUAAAGGAAGGACUUUGGCAUCCUGUUAGCACUAAAAGCUGCACAGUUUGUAUUGCCUCUGUUAGUCUUCUACCAAGGGAACUUGUUAAAAGAACACAGUGUCAGCUAUCAGUUCUAAAGCAUCUACAGCACAGACUCUCAACACAGGGCCCAGAUACAUCCUCAGCAACAAAGGCAGAGACAUCCUCAAAGAUUGUUCAAAGUCAGCUGCUCAGACAGAGUCGUAGUCAAGUCCAGCAGGUCCAGCUUUCUUCAUCUAGAGUGCAUAAUUUUUGCCAAGGUGUUUGUCAAAUUUUGGAUAUGGGAUCAAGCCUUUCUAUACUCAGUCCUCGAGAGAACACCAGCCAAGUGGCGUUUGAAGCUGUACGUUCAACUGAGCAAUCUGAAGAAUCUCAUCAAAAUGUCAAAGCCAAGGAUGAACUUGAAAUGUCAGCUGGCGAUUUGACAGUCAGAGGAACAAGGCUGGAAGUUCAGCAGAAGUUAAAAUCCAGGAGAUUUUCUUGUGCUCAUCUAUUAAAACCAAAAAUCUCUUCUAGCGUGGCAAAAAUCCGCAACUAUAAUAUUAAAGACUGAUUUCUAUGUUGGCAGCAUGUUGCAGGUUCACACUUGCUAUUAACUUAUUUAGACAUCUCUAAAUCAGAUCUAAUUAUCAGCCUCAGUUUUGUAUGUGGAGUUGAGAUAUUUGCAGGCAGGAGAGAGAACAAAUACCCUGUUUCAUACAGUGAACCCUAAAAUAAAGGGUUAAUCUGUGUACAUUGUAGGAUUACAGUCUUCACUGUUAAUACUGAUUUAUUUUAAUUAUAUAUAUGUUAAGAUUUUCUUGCAUCAUGGAUUUAGAAAUGCCCAGUUAACACAUAGGUAAAGCCUUGUGCCUUCAGGCAGGGCUUGCAGGACUUGAGCAGGUACUUUGUUGAGAAACUGUAGAUGUGAUUUAAGCUUAGAAGUGGGAUGCCUCAACCUACCUGUUUUCUUCUAAUUAACAAUGCAACCGUUAAUCCUAUGCAGAUAUCUCUCUAUUUGAAAGAAAGGGGUUUAAAAAGAUUACAUCUGAGUCUGUAUUAUUUCUCAUCUUCUGUAGCUCUUUCUACUUGUUCAGGUAGCAUAAAAGAGCACAAAAUUGAAUUUCUGGUGUCACACCAGUAAUUUUGUUUUCCCUUGACAAGAGAUUGUAUGGACUUUAAAGCAGUGAGAAACACUGCUAGUGUGUUAGUAGAAUAUACUCAGAAUCAUAUGGACACAUUGUAAGAAAUAAGUCUUAAAAGAGAUGAAACGAAAAGAAAACUUGAAUGAAUUGUGAUGUAACAAAGGAUAUCUAUGUAGUAAUUAACAUGUCAGGAGACUGAAACAAGCAAUCAGUGCAUUUCUAUAGCAUUUCCAGUAAUGCUGAGCUGUCUUGGGAUAUUACAGAGAUGAACUUUACUAUAAGUAAAGAAAACACAUGCAAAAAAUUCAAGAAAAACUCUUUACUGUGGGGAUGUUCAAGCACUGGAACAGAUUGCCCAGAUGGGUUAUGGGGAUACUCAAACGCCAAAUGGACGUGGGCCUGGCUAGCCUGUUCCAGCUGACUCUUGAGCUGAGGUCUUGGACUAGGUGACCUCAAGAGGUACUUUUCAACCUAAGAGAUUCUGUGAUUCUGCAAGUGAUAUCACUGAAGUGAAUAAUACUUCUCAGUUGCUGCUAAACAUAUAAAAUCUAAACAGGAUAAAUGAAAGAAGAGAGCUACUUACCCAUGAGUGCCCUUUUUUUCUGGAGUGGUUUUUUUUUUUUUUUUAGAAGUGCUUUCCUCCUACUCUUUUCAAGGAGGUGCUCUCUUCAGCACCAGACAAUGAGAUAGUAAUCCAUUUGCGAAUUUGAAUAAUUAUUUUGUACUACCUGCUGAAAAUGUUUUGCUUUAGUGCAACAGUACCGUGAUAUUAUAGUCAGAUGCUAAAUCUGCAAUAAAUUUCAUGAGAUGUUGCAAAGCCAAUAUAAAGCCUGAGAGACCUUGUGAGCUUCUUUCUAAAUCUUUUGAUUACUUGAAAAUCCUGUCAUUUGAUUCAACAUUGUUCAUGAGCCAGGACAACAUGAUGCACUCCCUUGAAUCAGGCCCUGAAUGAGCUCUUUCUGUAGCACAAAGCAUAGUGGUUUCUAACAAGUGCAGGAAUUUUGGCCCAGAUCACACCAGUUAAAGCACUCACUGGUUAUUUCUAGAAAUCAGUGUGUAAAUUCUGAAUUUUAUAACCGCUGUAGAUUUUCCUG